AUGGAGGCAGACGCACGUCCAGACACACCUCCAGGCCCAACUACAGCUACAGCUACAGCGCGCCCACCGGCUCACCAGGUUUCAAUUUCAGAGACGGAUCAGUCAAUAUGGAAGAGAUUCCGGAGCCAAUUCAAUCCGCGUCCAAUCCAGGAUGACAAACCUCGGGCCUGGUGGUUUGCGUCGACAGCCAUCCCACUAAUCGCCGCGGCCACCGCACCUUUUGCCAAUGUGAUGUCGAUUGUGGCUCUGGCCAUGCCUUGGAGAAGUACGAUACAUUACGACAAGACCGGUAAUGACGGGCUUCCGCUUCAAGUCCCAUAUGAUGAUCUCACGUGGUAUGGGUGGAAGGUCUGUGGCACUCAAUGCGACUUCCCUCGCCUGCGGCGUAAUAGGGAAUAUCUUUCUUUUGUGCAAUUUCACUCAAGCGGUGCGAUACAUCGUCGCACUGCCCGUAUCUAUCGUACUUUGGUGGCUAGCAACGGGGAUUUUGAUCGGAAUCACAUCGGCCGUCCACAUCUACACCCCCCGGCUCUUCCUCAUCAGUUAUACACCACCGCAUUCUAUUUUGCCGUCAUUGCAGCGUGUCUUUAUUUUUUCAACACUCUGAUUCUGACGAUCAAUCUCCUCGGUUAUUUACUGGGCCACUACCCGCAGCACUUCGCGCUUUCCAACAGUCAGCGAACUCUGAUUCUGCAGACCACUGCAUUAGCCGUAUGGCUGGUAGUGGGAGCAGCCAUCUUCCAGAAACUCAUUGGGAUCUCAUUUUCGGACGCUUUAUACUUCAGUGAUAUUACGAUCCUCACUCUCGGAUUCGGCGACAUUCUGGCCAAGACUCCCGUGGCUCGGGGAAUUAUCUUCCCCUAUGCCGUCUUUGGCAUCGUGAUGCUCGGUCUCGUCAUCGGAAGUAUGAACCAGUUCUUCGGUGAAAUAGAAGAUGACAACGUCGUGCGGAAAAGAAUCGAUCGGAAACGAAGAGCCUUGGUCGAAACUUCCCCUACCUCGGAAAAUGUCCAUUCCCAUGGCCAAAAUACCGUGAAUAUUCAUUCAGAAACAUCAGAGAGCGCGUCCCCGUCAAAACAUAGCGAAGAAACUUUCACCAACACAUCUACGACCGCAUUUUCUCACACUGUGUUAGGCCAACGAAGAAAACAGGUCUCGAGUGAAGAGAAAGACCGAUUUCAUGCAAUGCGUACUAUCCAGAACGAGGUCGCCAGUUUCCGUCGCUGGUUCACCCUUGUCCAAUGCCUGAUCUCAUUCGCAAUUGUCUGGACAAUUGGCGCGCUGGUCUUCUGCACUUUACAGCCUGAGCUGACUUACUUUGACGCCUUGUAUUUCAACUUCGUCUGUCUCUUGUCUAUUGGAUACGGCGAUAUCACUCCAAACACAAACUCAGCUCGGGCUUUCUUUGUUCUUUGGUCACUGAUAGCUGUCCCGACUAUGACCACUCUCAUCUCCGUGAUGAGCGACACAUUCAUCUCCGCAUUCCAACGCGCGACGAACAUGCUCGCGGGAUGGUCGAACCUCUCCAAGUCCCCUCUGAAGCACUCACGGUUUAUGAGAAUCCCUCUCGUUCUGAAAAUCGGCUGGACUCGCGAGGCUGAACAGAAUAGUGACAUCUCCCAAUCUGCUGAUGAAAAACACGUCAAGUCUUCCUCGUGGUCGCAGCCAGAACGACCGUUUCCGUCCUCGGCUAAAUCGGGCAUGGAGUGGAGACCAUCGGACAUGGACGUCAUCCAGAAAUUGACAUAUGCCAUUCGUCGGGUAACUCAAGAUGCGUUAGAUGGUGGAAAUCAGUACAGUUAUGAAGAAUGGGCGGAAUUCAUGAAGAUGAUUCAGCUCAGCCAUUCUCAUCCAGGUGAACUGAACAUGGACAAGGAUGAGUAUGGGAGAUUACACUGGGACUGGAUUGGCGAAUGGACACCGAUGAUGUCUAAGCAAUCGGAGUCUGAGUGGAUCCUGGAUCGUUUGUGUGAGAGCAUGAUUCGGUGUAGCAGCAUGCACGGCAAAAGAUGUCCCCUCCAGAACGAAGAGAUCGAUUGGGAAAGACACGAGUAUGUCUCGACGAAAGAGGUAGAUAUUGGUUCCCAAGAGGGGAAUAACUCGUAG